GAAUGUUGUGAGCGAGGCGACAAGAAAUGAGCACUUCACUGGAAAUGGUAACAUGAUCGAUCAAAAAUACAGUCUUGUUUCUGUAACUACCCAGAUGUAUGACUGCACUUUGUAGUGAUAAUUAUCCCCACAAUGGACCCAAGUUCUAGUGGGUCUCAGGGUAUGGACCAGAGAGAAUUAUAUUUUCUCAUCACAAAGUUCUUAGCUGCCGGCCCAUGUCGUGAAGCUGCCGAAGUUUUGAGGCGCGAGAUAGGACUACAUGGGCUGUUACCCAAAAGACUUGACUGGGAGGGAGAGGAACAUGAUCAAGACUUUGAUGAACUGGAAACCAAGUAUCCUCAUAUUGGGCCGCAACACCUUGAAAAAAUAUGUGCCCGGGUACCACCAUUAUUGGAUAAAGAGUUCCCUCCCGUUGUCAAAAAUGUGUCAUCUCUUCUUGGUGCGGGCCGGCAAUCUUUGCUCCGCACAGCAUGGCAUGUUACACGGCAAUGGUACUCCGUCCGAGAAUAUACUGUACGCCUCCAUCAGGAGCCACUUAUGGAUCCACCCAAAUUUACACGGCAGCACAACAUAGUUAAAGCAUUGUUUGGGCGAGAGACAUCAGGUCCACUCAAUCGUAAACAAUGUGCUGGACCGAAAUUAUAUGAUAAACUCCAACUUUACCGCAGAACAUUGGGCCAUCUUUCUGCUGUGUACUGCGUCCUCUUUGAAAGGACUGGAAGAUAUAUAAUUACUGGUGCUGACGAUUAUUUAGUAAAAAUUUGGAGUGCAACUGAUGGUCGUCUGUUAUCAACAUUGAGGGGCGCUUCAUCUGAGAUCACUGAUAUUGCUGUGAACAAUGAAAAUACCCUUCUAGCAGCUGGAAGUUGUGAUAAAAUACUGAGAGUAUGGUGCAUGCAGUACUGCAGUCCAGUAGCUGUUCUCACAGGGCACUCUGGUAUGAUCACUUCUGUCAACUUUUGCCCUGUGGUAGUGAAUGAGAUACGAUAUCUUGUCACUACAAGCACUGAUGGGUCUGUGGCAUUUUGGUCUUAUGUUCACCAGCCAAAUGCUCAGCAAGGGAAGCAUGUCAAAUUCACGUCGCGGCCAAUUCAGUACCAUGAAAGGAUGCGCCCUGGACAAGCCCAAAUGAUAUGUGCGUCUUUUAGUCCCGGUGGUAUGUUUCUGGCUGCUGGCUCUGGAGACCAUCAUGUGAGAGUAUACAUGAUGGAGGGAGAUGAAGGGCCGCACAGAAUUCUUGAGACAGAAGCCCACACAGACAGAGUUGACUCCAUUUGUUGGGCUCACAAUGAGUUGCGUUUCAUAUCAGGGUCUAAAGAUGGAACAGCUAACAUAUGGUAUUAUGAACGACAGCAGUGGAAGUACUCAAAAUUACAAAUGGCACAGAGGCUCCCUGGGGAAAAAGAACCUGAAGAGGAUAGCAAAAUUAAGUUAAAAGUUAUGAUGGUGUGCUGGGAUUUGACUGAUCGCUUUGUCAUCACAGCAGUGGGUGAUCACACACUCAAAGUUUGGAACUCGGACACUGGCGCUCUUGUACAUGUGCUUCUGGGCCAUCAAGAUGAGGUCUUUGUGUUAGAAUCCCACCCUUGUGAUCCUAAUGUCCUCUUGAGUGCUGCCCAUGAUGGCAAUAUGUUUAUUUGGAAUAUUUCCACUGGAACACCAAUCAAGAAGUUCCAGAACCUUAUAGAUGGGCAGGGCCAUGGGUCAAUAUUUGAUGCAAAAUGGUCUCCAGAUGGCACAAUGAUUGCUGCCACAGAUUCCCAUGGACAUUUAAUAACUUAUGGACUUGGCACUGGUGGUGAUAAGUUGCAAAAUCUUCCCAAAGAACUUUUCUUCCACACCGACUACCGACCUCUCAUCCGGGAUGCUAAUCAUUAUGUGUUAGAUGAACAAACACAAAUGGCCCCUCAUCUGAUGCCACCACCUUUCUUGGUGGACAUAGAUGGUAACCCUUACCCUCCAUACCAACAAAGACUGGUUCCAGGAAGAGAAAAUUGUUCUACAGAUCAAUUAGUGCCCAACAUUACUGUUGGUGCUGGAGGUCACCAAGAAGUUAUGGGUAAUGCUGAUCCUGUCAAUCCUCGGUCACACAUUGAUGAAAUGAUUGCUGCGUUGGCGCAACGUCAGAAUUCAGUUGAUGAAGCUGGGCCAAGCAAUCAGCAGAGGGCUGGGCCCAGUGCUGGCCCAAGUCGCACUCCAGCUAGAAGUGUCACUCCAGGUGGAAGCAACACUCCUGCUGGCACAGGUGCAAGCAGUGCUGGGGGGAGUGUCAGAAACAAUACAUCACCCAGAGGAGGUGGACAUCAUCUGGUGGGUAUGCGCAGAACAGGUGAUGUCGAAGGUGUCCGGCAAUCCAGUGGUAAUUGGCAACGGGAUAGCAAUCUUAGGUGGACAAAACGGGUUCUUAUUCCUCCACUUUCUAAGUGUGCUCUGCGAGCAAGACGUCAUCACUUCACUCAAUAUUCAAACCUUGAAUUAGAGCAAUACAAGAAAGAACAGAGAAGGCGACCAGUUAUGAUAACUGUGACAGCUCCAACUAGAGGUGCAAACAAGAAAAUGAUUCGAACUGGAACUCUUAGAAAUGGAGCCGUUAGAGGGAUAUCAAGCUUAAGAAGGUCUCAGAGGUCAAAUUUGGGACAGUUGGAUGACAGUGAUUAUGAGAACCCUGACAACCUGGACUUGGGCAGCCAAUCUUCUGGCAAUGAGGAGGAGGCACCUGUCCCUGUAAGCAACAACCGUUCUCGCACCCGCAGAAUAGAUUCUUCAGAAGAAGAAGAUGUGGAAAGCAUUGGGUCAUCAUCAGCUGCCUCCACGUCAGAAUAUUCUGACUGGAUUGCAGACCAAGGAGCAAGUUUAGAACCACCAAAACGGGCCAAAAAGAAGCCUGUGAGAGCAAGUGCCAGAGCAAGGCGAGGUGCUGCCUCUGUAGAAGAUUCACAUUCUGAGGAUGAAACUGAUGACAGUGAUGAACCUGUCUUGGAACCAGAUUCUGAAGAGGAACGUAAGAAGAGACCAAAGCCGAAGCCAAAACCCAAACCCAAAAGGAAACCUAUUCCCAAAGCUCUAGCUUCUCUGCCUCCUGGUGCUGAGCUUCCAGAAGCAUUUAGGCCCUCUGAAUGGCUGGCACAAGUCGUACCAAAGAAAUCACCUUACAGCCCUCAAAUGGGUGAUGAGGUGGUCUUCUUCAAAGAAGGAUACCAGAAAUAUUUGGCAGCAGUUAGAGAGAAAAAGGUGUAUGAUGUAGAUCUUCGUUGUGAACCCUAUGAAAAAUUCAAUCUUCAGGAGCCACAAUUAGUGAAAGUUGUCGGAAUUAAAUAUGAAAUCAAACCUCCUCGCCUCUGUUGUCUGAAACUGGGUAUUCUUAAGCCUGAUGAGCCUAUGAACAGUUUCUUCACGCUAAAGUAUCAUGAUAUGAAUGAUGUCAUUGACUUUUUUGUGUUGAAUCAAACCUAUCAGCAGGCAAUGCAGAGGAAUUUCCAAGAAGGUGACCAAUUUAGAAGUAUGAUAAACGAUGAUUGGUGGACAGGAGUCAUAGAAUGUAAAUUGGACAGAAUAUCACCUUUUUUGUCCAUAAGAGUUCAAUGGGAUUCCCAAGAUUCAGAAUAUAUGAGCCCAUGGGAUCUAGAACCUGUGGAUCCAAACAGGGUUCCAGAGGAAGUGGGUGGUUCAGUUCCUGUGUUGCCUGAAGAAAUUGAAGCUACACUUUAUCAACCCAGUGAAGAAGAAUGGCCACACGGUGGAAGAGAGGAGUCCACUCGGCGCAUACUCCGCGGUCUUGAACAGGUUAUGGGACUCUCUAUUGCUGAAGAUUUCCUUACACCUGUGGAUGUGACCUUGUACCCAUCAUAUGCGUUCACCAUAGAGUAUCCCAUUGAUCUCUCUCUUAUCAAGGAACGGUUUGAGAACAACUUUUACCGACGCAUCACAGCAGCACAGUUUGACGUUCGGUACUUGGCGACCAAUGCUGAGAAGUUCAAUGAACCACAUUCCCCAAUAGUGAAAGCAGCUCGAAUUGUGUCAGAUCUCUGCUUAAAAAUUAUUGCGUCACCCACUGACAUAGAUGUGUCAGAAGAGUAUCAUCAAAGUUUGAAUGGUUAUCACUCAUCACCUUCGGGUUCUGAAGAAAUUGAUGUUGAUGAUGAUCCUGACCAGCCUGGACCUAGUAGUAGAGUGAAAAACGUUGUGCGGCCAAGACCUAAGGGACAACGGAAGUCGGUACGCCAACAAGCUCUCAGUAUUGAUCCUGAAGACUGGAGACGUCAGUGUAUUGAUCUCUUGGAAUUGAUAUGGCAGCAGGCUGAUGCUGAACCAUUUAGGGAGCCUGUUGAUACUGAAGAUUUCCCAGAUUACCUUCAAGUAGUUAAAACACCAAUGGACUUAUCAACUGUAAGAACAAGACUGUUAGAUGGAGAACAUGAGAACCCCCAUGACUUUGCUCGAGAUAAUAGGCUCAUAUUCAGUAAUUCUAAAAGUUUUAACACCAACAAGCACUCACAAAUUUAUGCUAUGACAUGUCGACUCUCGUCUUUGUUUGAGGAUCAUAUGAAGAAAAUUAUCCAUGAUUGGAAAACUGACCAAAUUCGAUCCAAGACUUCUCUUUUAAAAGGCAAAAAACGAAUAGCGAUGCUGGUUGCAAGUGGAACUGAUGAAAGUGGGGGAGACAACACACGACCUACAAGUCGUGCCAGUAGUCAACCCAGUAGCAGUGCUGUUGUUCCAAGUGGUUCACAGCUAAAACAGAGAGGGGUUGUCAACGAUAAUAAUGAUGAUGAUGAUGACGACCAGGAGAGUGAGCAACACGAUGAUGAUGAUGAGGAGGAAGAGGAUAUUAAUGUCCCUGGACCAAGUAAACGUGUGUCUAAAGUUAAUGGUGUUUCAAAUGGACAUGCUAUGAAAAGAUCCGCCAGAGCAUCUACUAGAAAGCAGCCUGCAUUAUCGAGCCAUGGCUCAGAAGAUGAUGAUGAUGAUGAAGAUGAGGAUGAGGAUGAGGCCCCACCAGCUCGGCCGGCUAGAGGUGUUGCAGCUAAACGUAAACAAUAUGAUAGUGAUAAUAGUUAUGGCUCAUCUCCCAAAGAAACUAAACGCCGCAAAACGUCUGCUGUUCAGAGGAAUGCUUCAAAUUCCAACUCCAGGGCUUCUUUCAAUGACAGUGAUGACUCUUCAGUUUCUGCUUACAAACCAAAUACUCGAUCAGUGAACGGUCAUGCCAAAGGGAAGGGCAAAGGAAAAGGGAAAGGAAAAGCUGCUGCUAGACCGCAAAGACAGAAAAAUGGGAAAAAAGCCGUGCCUCAUGACGAUAGUGAUGAUGAGGAGGAUGAGGAUGAAGAGGAUGAAAUUGUACAGAAGAAAAGACCUGCAGCAAAGAAGACUUCAAAGACUGUUGCUGAAGACUCAGAAAGUGGCAGUGACUCUUCAAGCGAGAGUAGUAGUACUGAAGCGGCCGACGAUAGUGACAGCUCUAGUGAUGAGAGUGUUGAUCUGCAUGCUCCUCCCUCAAAGACGAGUCGUGCUACUCGAAGUAAAAGCAACUCUUUUGGUGCUGACAAGACCAACAAUGAGGAUGAAGAUGAUAGUGAGGAGGAAGAGGAGGAGGAGGAAGAAGAAGAAGAGAAUGAUGCAAAAGCUGGUAGUCGAAAUGACAGUGAAAAUAGUAAUGCUAAUUCUGACUAUGAUGACGAUAAAGAGAACGAGGAGGAAGAAGAAGAAGACGAUGAAUCUGUCACAGGCAAUGGCCGCUCUAGAACUAGCCGAGCUCGCCGGAAGAAUUACAAUGAAUCUGAUAGUGAUGACAGUGAAAUUUCCAAAAAGCCAGCAAAGAAGCAGAAACAAGGAAACAGGCCAGUGAGAAAUGCAACUCGAAAUCGACAGCCUAUGCAAGAUUAUGCAAGCAGUGAUGACGAGCAAGUGGCUUCUAAGGCAUCUAGUCGUCGAAGUAAAACAACCAAACCCAAUUAUGUUGAAGAUGAAUCUGAUGAUGAGCCUAUGACCACUGUUAGUAGUAGAGGCCGUGUUCGUAAGGUAACAGAAAAAGCCCGUGCUCUUUACAAUAAACAUUAGAAGCGAGAUGUCCAAUGGUUUACUGAGCAAUUGACUGAUAUGUAAAUGAAGUCACACCAUGAGUUACAUUUUCAUUUUCAACUCAACCAAUGACUGAACCAAUUGGCCACAUGCUUGUGUGUAAUUGUAGUUCUGAAGUUUUGUUUAUCUGUUUUGGUGUGUUUGUACUAUUUCUUUUGUUUUUACUAUAUCAAUGUGUAAUCUCUGACUUGUGUAGGUGACAUAGGUGACAUCCCACCCAUUUCUGUAGGAUUUCUCUAUGGACAACUCUCUGAUCUCAGAAGUGAGAUUUUUCUCUUACUUUUCUCCGGGGCACUGCCUUUGAUAAUGUGAUAGGCAUUUACUGAUAUUCAGUGAUGCUUUUAGGUAGGUAGUAAAUACUUUUUAAGUAAGUAAUUCUAGAAAAAUGUGUUAUAAUUCAAUAAGGUUUGUAGGUUUUCAAUCAUGGUAUGAGGCUUGUAGCUGUGAACUUGGAAUUCAAAUUUGGUGUGAAAUCAUGCUCUUGCGCAAGCUUUAUUUUCAAAUAGAUUUGUGAUUGCAUGUGUGUACUUAAAAAUGACCAACUUCAUGGUAACUGAUGAAGUGUUACGUACUUCUGGGAAAGAAAUGUUUGCUGUAACUCUCCCCACCACUUAUUUUGCCUUGUAUAUUUUUCAUUUCUUGUUUCCUGUUGUGAAGUCUUGUGCACACUUUUGAUUGAAGAGUUUUGGUUUGGUUGUCCAUUCUUUUCUUCUUUUCCUAUCUUAUCAACUUACUCUUUCCCAAACUCUGAAAAAUUUGCAUGAUUUUAUUUUUGUUGUUUUCACAUUUUUCUCUUGACUCAUUUAUCGGAGAAGUUGGUGUCUCAAAUGUGUGCCAAGCUUGGUGGGGAGUGUUUGGAUUUGGUAAAAUGUACAAGCUGAUUUUCCUGUCAAGUUUUAUCUAGUUCUUUAGUCAGUGAAGCAACUAAGAUGUUUCAGGCCAACAAUGGCCCUAGAUGUGGGAAUGUUAUCUAGUAGUACAGUACUUUGUGAAUUGUGUACAGUGGAGUGAUAAUGAUGUUCUUUAAAUUUUGCAGUGCUCAUUGAAAAUGAGCUAUGCUCCAGCAAUAUGACUUAAUGUUUAUAAGCCGUCUAUUUUUGUAAUUAUAUGUGAAUGUACAUUUUGAAUAAGUGCAGGCUUAUGUUCUGUAUAAAUUUGUAAUUAAUUGUGUACAAAAAAAAAAGUUUGUGAUGUACAGUUUGCUAGAAAUACUGCUCAAAUAUGUUCCAGUUUCAUUACUGCUCUUAUGGUUAAUUCAUUUUUGUUUCAUUGUUCCCCUUAUUUUUAAAAAUGUUCUUUAUUUAAUAAUGUCAAACCAAAUAGCAAUUUAAAAGUCUGGUAAUGCUUUUUCUGUCUUUUAUUUUAUAUGUAAUUCUGUUGGUUUCUGUUUUUCCUUUCUUUUAACCAUUAAAAAUGGAAUCAAAACACAGCUUGCCAAUUUUGUUUGUUAAAUUUAAGCUCAUUAUGUCUAUUUGUUUAUUGAUAUCAGAUGGGUACUGAUGAAAAAAUAAAUUAUACGAUCACACA